AUGGCGCCGUCUGCCAUGGUUCAGGAUGAGAUGGAGCCCCUGCAGCUGCCCUAUGCCAGGGCUUCAAAGAUCAGUGCGAGUACAGGACCAUUAACGAGCCGGCUGGGCGAGCUCCAGGUAGCCCUGCGCUCAACCGGUAUAUGUGGCUCGGAUGUGUCUUAUUACAAGAAAUUCGCGAAUGGCGAUCUCUGCGCCUGCCAGCCGCUUUCGCUUGGUCACGAGUCCUCCGGAGUCGUAGUGGCCAUUGGCCCCCAGGGGCGAUAUAACCUCUGCAAGAAAAUGAGAUUCAGGAGCAGCGCGAAGUCGUUCCCCCACUUCCAGGGUACGCUCCAGGAUAAGAUUAAUCACCCAGCGGUAUGGUGUCACAAACUCCCUGACAACGUCUCAUUCGACGCAGCCGCUCUCCUCGAGCCGCUCUCCGUCGCCAUACACGCCAGGAACCGCGCGCGACCAGAGGCUGGUUCCACGGCCCUGGUCCUCGGCGCAGGCACCGUCGGGCUCCUGACCGCGGCCAUGGCCCGGCAGUCAGGCUGCACGACAGUGACGGUCUGCGACGUGGACCAGGGCCGCGUCGACUACGCGCUCGACAAGGGGUUCGCGACCCACGGCUACGUCGUGCCGCGGCCCCUGCACCUCUCCUCCAGCAGCUCCUCCGUCUCCGGGGCGUCGACCCCGGGCGGCGUGGCGGACGGCGCCAUGACCCCCGCCAGCAGCGUCUUCUCGACGCUAGACGGCAGGCUGGAGGGCGCGAAGGCGACGGCGGCGGACAUCAUCGCCGCCUCGUUCAGGGCCGCCUCCUCGGCGCCGCUGGCCGACACCGACGAGGACGAGGACGACGGCUUCGACGUCACGUUUGAGUGCACGGGCAAGGAGGUGUGCAUGCACACGUCCCUGUACGCGACCAGGCCCGGUGGCAAGGUCAUCAUGGUGGGCAUGGGGACGCCGAUCCAGACGCUGCCCAUGUCGGUGGCGCACCUGCGCGAGGUGGACAUCCUGGGCAUCUUCCGCUACGCCAACACAUACGCGACGGGCAUUCGCCUGCUGUGCGCCCAGAAGAGGGGCGGCGGCGCCUUCGCGCUGCCCAGCCUGGACAACAUGGUCACCCACCGGUUCAAGGGCCUCGAGAACGCGAGGCAGGCUUUUGAGCUGGCCGGGCGGACGGUCGAUGACGAGGGGAGGAUGGUGCUCAAGGUUGUGAUUGAGGCGUGA